ACUGAACGAUGAGACGCGCAUGUUCGGUUCGGGGUUCGGCUCGUCUUCCCUUCUACAAUAGUCCGUCCUGCAGUUCGUGGAGCGCGUUCGCGGGGUACGGGUGGGUACGGGGUACUCGGAGUGCGAGCCGGAUAGACGCGCGACGAGGAUGGGAUUGCCGUGCGGCGACAAUGAAUCGCGUUGCGAGUCGCGUCCGCGGCCGAUCGCGUAGCUCAGGUGCGAUCGUAGAACCGAAAAUAAGGUGGGCCGACGUGAACGCGGCACUGAGGCGUUGCCGUCUCGUUCUCUGACAAACGUCGGUCCUCCCUAAAGAGAAAAAAAGAGAAAGAGAGAGAGAGAGAGAGAGAGAGAGAGAGGGAAAGAAAAGAGAAAGAGAGGGAGUGAAAGAGGGAGCCCUCCUCUUGGUGGAGAAACGAGACGCGAGGAGAUCCCCGUCGCGCGAGCUGCUUUUUUUGGCGAGCGUCGCCGACAUGAGCCAGACGAGCCGUGGACGAGCGAGUCGCGUUACCAGCCGCACGAACUGCCCUGUCAGCUGAUCGUUUAUCGCACAACGAAAUGUGAGGUGUUACCUAUUUAUCUACCUGUCUAUCUACCUACAUAACGUCAAACCAAAACGUCAUACUGCUUCCGCGCAUCGCGGCUCCAAUUCACGUCGCUCACGUCUCUCCCCGCGUGCAAACUGAGACUGCGAGCGUGACUGCGCGCGCCAAGUGAGACAGGCGGGAAGCACAGGAACACCUGGCACCGGUUAGAAUUUACAUGGGAAUAUGGGGAACAAGAAUAGCUGUUGCGUCUACUCCAGUCCACAGGUCGGACGCAAGGAGGUAGGGCCUGAGAGCACUACGCGUAAUCUGGAGGAACACUUGCCAGAGGGUGGAAUUAGCGUUAAUAAUUUGCAACAUAUCAGUGAACGUGAGCCGGAGGACUGUGACUCUGAUCCGUCGUUGCACCCAUGUGCAGGAACUAUCUUCAUGGAGCGUUCCAAGCAAGCUAUUGAGAAUGGCAUGGUAAGAAAGAAGAGUCAACAUCAAAUAGCAGAUACAAGGCCUUUGAAGAAGAGUAGUAGCUGCAGUACAAUAUAUUUAGAUGACAGCACGGUUUCACAACCUAACUUGAAAAAUACCGUCAAAUGCGUUGCCUUAGCCGUUUAUUACCAUAUUAAGAAUAGAACUUCGCAGCGACAGAUUGAUAUAUUUGAUGAGAAACUACAUCCAUUAACGAGGGAUGGUGUUUCAGAGGAUUACGACAAACAUAAUCCAGAACACAAGCAGAUAUAUAAAUUUAUAAGGACUCUGUUUAAUGCCGCUCAGCUUACUGCUGAAUGUGCCAUCAUAACGUUGGUUUAUCUUGAACGCCUACUUACUUAUGCAGAAAUAGACAUAACACCAGCCAACUGGAAACGUAUAGUACUGGGAGCUAUUUUAUUGGCGUCCAAAGUUUGGGACGAUCAGGCGGUGUGGAAUGUAGAUUACUGUCAAAUACUAAAAGACAUCACAGUGGAAGAUAUGAACGAAUUAGAGAGACAGUUUCUGGAGAUGCUGCAAUUUAACAUAAAUGUUCCUUCGAGUGUGUAUGCCAAAUAUUAUUUCGAUCUUCGUACACUCGCGGAAGCGAACGAAUUAACAUUCCCUAGCGAACCACUUAGUAAAGAAAAGGCGCAGAAGUUGGAAGCUAUGUCCAGAGUUUACGAAGAUAAGGUCACGGCCGAAGCUCUACGUACCGGUAUUAAAAAGUGGUCCAGCUUAGACAAUGUAUGCAUAGGCGGACCUAGACGUAGCAUUGCUAUUUUAUCCUAAACAUAUGUAUGGAUAUAAACGGAUGUAAACACAGACGCAAGGUUACUGCUCCGAUUUUAAAUGGAGAUUCUACUGUCUGGGACCUUAUAAUGUGGAUGUAACAAAGCAUACGAGAAUGCAAGAAUGCCGUUGACGGAGGAAGAAUAAUUAUGAUUUAUUAUUAUUUUUAUAUUUUAUUACAUGAAGUCAGAGUGUUGUAACGGUCGAAUUUAUAAUAGAAAAACGGCUGUAAAGUCCAAUGUACGUGGGAGGAAACGAGUAAUGUGCGUUUAUCAGCUUUUAACGUAUUGUAUAGAAUAUGCUGGAUGAUGAGUGUAAUGUAACAUAUUUGCAAUUUCUGUCCACAUUAUAAUUUUUCAUUUUGCCUGUCCGAAAAAUAAAAAUAUAUUUUUAUUGCAUUACUAUAUUAUAGGUAACUACGUACAUACACGUUAUGUAUGCUGCGGAAGUGUUUAUACAACUUUACAGAGCAAUUAAUACAUCAUGCGAUGCCAAAAUGUUGUUAAAAUUAUAAUGUAUAGACAGUUGCAUAUACACACACAUACACACACUCACAUAUGAAAAGAAUAUGUACUGCACUGCGGUUUCAUUUUUAUUACAUUCUAAUUUUCCGACAAAAACUAGAUCUUUAUAGAAUUUUCACGCGCUAUUUUUAUAAAUAGAUAUUCAUUAUAAAGACAAUCUUCGAGUCUUAUUGCGUCCUGUAAAUAAAUUGCCGAAUUCGUGUAAGAUUCGUAAAUGUAUGUAUCAUAAACCGUACCACUUUGUUAGUAGUUACCCGAGCACUGGAAAAAAUAACAUUUGCGCUUGAAGGUGAUGUUUCAUAGAGGGUCGCCUUUAAGUCUUCCAUCCUAGCGUCUGUACAGAUUCUCCUACAGUACUUUAACACCACGUAAUAAAUAUUACGUUUAACAUAUUAUGAGACCGAUGCUUUUAUAAUAUGAAUUUGUGAUAAAUAGAUAUACCAAUACAUUAUAUCGUUUUGUACAUAUAUAUAUAUAUAUAUAUAUAUAUAUAUAUAUAUACAUAAAAUAUAUGGCUGCAUCUAUUUUCAUUGUAAAAUUGUCCAAUUACAGAGGCAGAUAUUAAGACUAUGAAAUUUAUACUCUAUCGCAUCUUUCACAUUUACUAAAAAAAGGCAGAUAAUUAGAAGUCUUUCUUUUUCCUACACUUGCCUGAUACAAAAAAAAUGGAUGCUUCCGCUUGAAUACACAUAGCACUUUCAUAUAAUUAUCGAAUACAAAUGGCAUUUCUUGAAAACGUAAAACAUAAAUUGUUUGCCUUUUUUAUCAUAGUUUUCCUUUUAACGUUGUACCUUAUUCUUAUUUGCGCGAUUGGAAGCAUAGAAAACGGUGUGUGCGCGCGUACAUAUGAUAGUUAAGAUGUAUAAAACAUAUGAUUUUUUUUUGCAAAGAAAUUAUUAUUGAUAAUGAUUAUACACAGAAAUACAAUGUUAUUCAACUAUGUAUACAAUAGUUGUACCGAAACCCGAUGACUGUAUACACAAGCGGAGUCAUUCUCAUCUUUCCGAAAAGCGCCAAAUUUCUAAAAGACACGCAAUAUUUCUUACAAAAAUAAAAUUGUGCCUGAAAUAAUUUAUUUAACCAAUA